AUGCCCCAUGGUAUCAAACCAGUUCAAUACUAUUAUUGCUUUCGAGGCCCUUCCAGCCCCAACUCUGCGAGCAUCCCACCAUAUCAGCCUGACCGAUAUUUUCGCAGUAAAGAAGAUGAAGUGCGAAUCAAGUAUCUGUAUGCACGUGGCUCACGGAACUGGAGUCAGGAGGAUGUCCAAGUAUUUGAGGAUAUUAUCACCAGAGAUGGCGCGAGGUAUGAUGAGGCUAGAGAGCCUUUGAGACUCAUGAUAUACAACUACUUUGAACAGCUUAACCUUCCACCCCUACCUCUCCCUCUCCCAGCUUGCAGCUAUUGGUUAGUCUACACUCGGGCCGAGACCUGCAAAAGGGAAAAGGUGAGGCCCUUUAUGGUUGCAUGUGAUAAAGGAUUGCUUGAUCAAGUCAAGGCUUGGACGCAAGAUGGAGAACUGUUAGAAGACCUUCAGCAGAUGGGACUCCAAGACGGCUUGGUGUUUGCAGCGAGGGCCAAUCGGGUUGAAGUAGUUCGCUACCUGCUCAACGAAAGAUGGACUCCUCUGAACGGUGAAGUGGUGAAGGAGGCUUGCAAUAACCUUUCCCUACCGCUCUUCGAGUUAUGUGUUCAGCACGGCUAUCAUCCUAAUCAGCAGAUUCCUAGCCGAGAUGGGUAUUUUGGAGUCGCUAUACAUCACUGCGUUCAAGAUGUCGAUAUCACCCGUUUUCUUCUUGAACACGGCGCAGAUCCAGAUCUUGCACCGUUUAAAUGUGGCAGAACACGAAAUUGGGGUGAGCAAGCCACGCCUCCAAUGGAUCGCACCUCUGGCCUAGCGCUAGACCUUGCCGUCGAGAAGAGUCCAACGAUUGUGGUGGAGAUGCUUCUCGAGCACGGCGCCCACCCAGAAUACUCACGCCCACUACAUGGCGCUAUUAAGAGACUGCACUGUUAUCCAAUCCCAGGGGCGCAGGAAGACUGGAGACCUCUGAUGGAGAUGGCCUUGAGCCGCGGCGCUGACAUCAACGGUGUAACUUAUUCAGGCGGCACAGCACUGUCGAGAGCAGUUCACCACCAAAACUGGGAGAUUGUUGAGUUUUUGGUCGAAAGAGGAGCAGACCCGUUUGUGAAAGGGCCUGCUUCAAAGAAAGAUUCAUUCGACUCAGCGCUGAAAUUUGAGGAUCAGCCUUGGGAGAGGAGUUGGGAGGUGGAGAGCUAUCUCAAAGGUUUGCUAAUCGCCAAAAUGGCUGACGAUUCAUCUAAAUCGUCGACAGACCCCUCCGCCGCCGUCGGUCCCUCGAAAGAAGCGAACAAACUCCUCCCCGACGAAACAGAACUCGAUCAAGAUGGCUUUCACAACGACCACCAAGAUCACUUGGACAUGCAGCGUCUUGGCAAGAAACAGCAGUUCAAACGAACGUUUUCGCUGUGGUCGUCAAUUGGCUUUGUAGCUAUUUACAUGGCGACGUGGGAAUUUGUGCUGAUAUCGCUUGCGCCGGGUUUUACGAACGGUGGAUACGCUGGUGUUUUCUGGUGUUUUGUUACUACGACUACAGCGUAUUCUGCUGUUGUCGCGAGUUUGGCGGAGAUGGCUUCUAUGGCGCCGACUUCGGGUGGUCAGUACCAUUGGGUUAGCGAGUUUUCACCGCCGAGGUAUCAGAAAGUUCUGUCUUAUGCUUCGGGUUGGAUGACGACGCUGGGAUGGCUGGCUAGUUUUGCGAGUAGUUGUUAUACUAUCGCUUUUCAGGUGCAGGCGUGUAUUAACGUUACCAUGCCUGACUUCGCAUUUACGACGUGGCAGAUUGCUCUUAUCAUGUGGGCUGUUAUCAUCGUCACUAUCGCUUUCAACACCUGGGGUACCGCAUUCUUCCCUCAGCUCGAGACAGCAAGCUUGAUUGGCCAUCUGCUUGGAUUCUUUGCGGUCAUGAUACCUCUUUGGGUCCUUUGCGACAAGAACGACGCACACGACGUGUUUCUGCAGUUCACUGACCAGAGCGGAUGGGAUAAUAUGGGUUUUGCCUACAUCUCAUCGCAGAUCUACGUUCUCUGGUGCUGCUUCGGUUCAGACAGUAUCGUCCAUCUGUCAGAGGAAGUGAAGAACGCUUCGAUUGUUGUCCCACGCGCGAUUUGGUGGUCAUACGUUGGCAAUGUCUUCUUCGGAUUCAUCAUGCUGAUAACCAUGCUGUUCUGCAUUGGUCCUCUUGACCCCAUCAUCGAGGCAGACUGGCCCUUCAUCGCCCUCUUCGAUCGCACCGGAUCUCAAGGUCUGAACUUGUUCUUCAAUGUUAUCCUUUGGCUUUUGGUCUACCUUGGCAACAUCACGACUCUUGCGACUUGCGCUCGUGAGACAUGGGCGUUUGCGAGAGAUAAGGGACUUCCAGGCUCUCAAUGGAUUGGCCAUAUGGACAAGAAAUGGCAUAUGCCCUUCAACGCAGUCUAUCUCAUGUCCAUCGGCGCCGCUCUCCUCAGUCUCAUCCAAAUUGGUUCCGACGUUGCAUUCACAGUCUUAGUCUCGCUCUCAACACUCGGCAUCAUGAGCACAUACCUUCUCAGCAUUGGCUGCGUACUCCUCAAGCGCAUCAGAGGCGAGCAGCUUCCCUCUGCCCGCUGGAGCCUGGGUCGCUUUGGCCUGGCGAUCAAUGCAUUUUCUGUGCUUUACAGCUUGUUCAUUGUCAUUCUUUGCUGUUUUCCACUUACCUUGCCUGUCGAUACUGCCUCAGCGAACUGGGCACCUUUGAUAUGGGCUGGCGUUAUCAUCAUCGCCGCCAUUGCAUAUGUCACGCAUGGCAGGAAGGCGUACACUCCUCCGGUCAAUUUUGUGGAAGGGGUUAAGUUGCAAGGCGUUGGUCUUCAGCAGUCCUCGUAG